UGGAACUUCCCUGAUGCAACCUUGCAAGUUAGGAAAAUGGCGGAGAAGCCCCUUUUGAGCGAUUCUGCUUUCGAAGCAUUUAAGAGGAGACUUGUUCCUGUUUUAUAUGACUGGUUUAUGCAUUAUCAUCUGGCCUACCCAACCCAGACAUGCAGGUGGGGUCCCCUAGUAGAGGACCUGGGCCACAAGUCGCGGUACCAGGCCUACCUUUCAGAGCAGGUGUUGGACGGGUCGCGGCCCAACACGCUGGUGCUGGCACACAUUGACGUGUUCAAGCCCCAUGUCGCCUCCUGCGAGGCGGUGAGCAGCUGGACGGAGAAGAGCCGCAGCCAGGAGGUGGCCAUCGUGAAGACCAUAUACCACCCGGGGGAGGUAAACAAGGUCCGCGAGCUGCCCCAGCACCCCCAGCUGCUGGUCACCCACACCGACUCCAGCAGCCUGUUCCUGUGGAACAUGGAGCGGCAGCCGGACAGGCGACCGGCGGGGGCGGGGUUGGCGGGGGCGGGGACGAGCACGGGGGGAAAGUCCACCCGCCAGCGCACCUCCUCCGCCUCCGACCCCUCCCUGCCCGACCUGACCCUGGUGGGGCACGAGGAGGAGGCGCAGUUCCCGCUCGCCUGCUCCAGCACCGACCCGCGGGUCGCCAGCGGCGGCAGCGACACGCUGGUGCUGCUGUGGGACCUGGGCGACCACGUCAGCAGCCUGCUGGGGCCGGGAGGGGGAGGGGGAGGGGGCAGGAGGUCGACGCCGGAGCUGAAAGCCCGCUACCGUCUUGAGGGCCACACCGCCACCGUGGGGGACCUGGUCUUCCAGCCCCUCGCCACCUCCUCCCCCUCCCCCUCAUCCGCCCCCUCCGCCCCCUCCGCCGCCUCCUCCAAUGUGUUGCUGAGUGUGGCGGACGACGGGCGGCUGAUCACGUGGGACGUGCGGUCGCAGCGGCCGCGGGUGGGGUGUGUGGAGGCGGCGCACGGGGCGGGGGUGAACGUGCUGUGUGUGGACUGGAGCUCGCUGGACGAUAACAUGGUGGUCACGGGCGCGCAGGACGGCAGCCUGCACGUGUGGGACCGCCGCCGCAUGAGCGCCGCAGCCGACCGCAUCGCGGCCUUCGACGCGCACCGCAACUCGGAGCAGCGAGAGAUCAUUCACGUGGAGUGGCACCCCAGCGCGAGGCAUGUGUUCGCCAGCGGCGCCCAGGACCACACGGUGGCGCUGUGGGACCUCACCCGCACCGCCCACCUGGAUAACAACACCCCUGCCUCCGGAGACCUACCCACAGCAGCAGGGGCAGCGGUAGGUGGAGGAGGGGGUGCUGGUAGGAGCAGUAGGCCGACUGGCAGCAGCGGGGCUGCGACCACAUCAGCGGCUGCGGAGGCGGCAGCUACCGGCCG